UAUUUGUGUGUGUGAAAUGUUAUUUUGGCUACAAGAAGAAAUGGCCCCCCAGGAGCUCGCCCGGAGGCUGGCCACGGUGAUCACUCAAGUCGAGGAGAUCAUGCAGCAGGACGUCAGGCCCUUGGUGGCAGUGGACAUAAUAGAACAACUUCACCGCCGCUUCGCCAUUCUUUCAGGAGGCCAAGGGAAGGAUGGUGCUCCCAUCAUCACGUUCCCAGAGUUUGUGGGGUUCAAACACAUCCCAGAGGAGGACUUCCUGAAUGUGGUGACCUACCUAACUAGCAUCCCCAGCAUGGAGGCCGCCAGCAUUGGAUUCAUCAUUGUGAUUGACCGACGAAGAGACAAGUGGAGUUCCAUAAAGGCAUCCUUGAUGCGGAUAGCUGUGGCAUUUCCAGGGAACUUGCAGCUCAUCUUCAUUCUUCGUCCAUCUCGCUUUAUUCAGAGGACAUUCACUGACAUUGGCAUUAAAUACUAUCGAGAUGAAUUUGACAUGAAAGUGCCGAUCAUCAUGUUAAACUCUGUUUCUGACCUCUAUGGCUACAUUGACAAGAGCCAACUGACAGAGGAGCUGGGGGGAACUCUGAAAUAUCGCCACAGUCAAUGGAUAAACCAUCGCACGGCCAUAGAAAACUUUGCCUUGACGUUGAAAACCACUGCUCAGAUGCUGCAGACAUUUGGGGCAUCCCUAGCCACAACAGAGCUGCCCAGAGGUAUGCUGUCCACUGAAGAUCUUCUCAUGUCCCACACAAGGCAGCAAGACAGGAUGCAGGCUGAGCUAAAAUUACUUGGAAAGCAAGGGGCCACACUGCUGUCAUGUGUCCAAGAACCAGCAAGCAAAUAUCCCACCAGCAAACCCAAUCUCAAUGAACUUGAGAAUGUAGCCACUAUGGAAAAGUUACUAGUCCAAUUAGAUGAAAUAGAGAAGGCCUUUAGUCAGUUUUGGUUUGAGCAUCACCUGAAGGUUAACCAGUAUCUACAACUUCAGCGAUUUGAGCACAAUUAUUGUAAGGUGAAGCUUGCCCUGGAUAGUUUGCUGGAAGAGCAGGCAGAGUUUACAAGCAUUGGAGACAGUGUGAUGCAUGUGGAACAACUUCUUAAGGAACACAGAAAACUGGAGGAAAAAGGCCAGGAGCCCUUGGAGACGGCCCAGCUGCUUGCACUGACUGGAGACCAACUUACCCAAAGCCACCAUUCCACAGGAGAUGCCAUCAGGCCCAGGUGUGUGGAACUCAGGCACCUCUGUGAUGACUUCAUCAAUGAAAACAAGAAAAAAUCAGACAUUUUAGGCAAGUCCUUGGAGUUGCAUAGACAACUAGACAAGGUCAGCCAGUGGUGUGAAGCGGGAAUCUACCUCUUGGCUUCCCAAGCUGUAGACAAGUGCCAGUCUCGAGAGGGAGUUGAUGUUGCUUUGCAUGACAUUGAGACAUUCUUGGGUACUGCCAAUCAGUACCAGUUGCUCACCCCCAAGGAAUUUUAUAACCAGUUUGAGUCGAUCCUCACCCUGGAGGUAAAGGCCAAAGCCCAGAAAGUCCUGCAGAAGUUGAGUGAUGUGCAGGAAAUAUUUCAUAAGAGACAAGUGAGCCUGAUGAAACUGGCAGCCAAACAGACCCGUCCAGUCCAGCCUGUGGCCCCCCAUCCUGAGUCCUCCCCAAAAUGGGUAUCACCAAAAAACAACAUGCCCUCUAUAUUGGCUCCUCCUCAGAGAACAACAGAGGAGCCUCAUGUGGAGAUGGAUUUGGAUUCCCUGGAAAAGGAAGAGAAUGAGACUAAAUUUGAAGGCAAGAAUGAAGAAAUACUUGAAAGAAGUCACAACACAGACAACCCCAUGCUGGAGCAGCUUUCAGGAGAAGCCCUCACCCCCAGCAGACAAAUUGUACGUGAACUGAUUGAGACGGAAGAGGUUUAUAUAAAAGAAAUUAAAAGCAUAAUUGAUGGAUACAUCACUCCCAUGGAUUUUAUUUGGCUAAAACAUCUAAUUCCAGAUGUUCUUCAGAAUAAUAAGGACAUUCUCUUUGGGAAUAUUAAAGAACUUUAUGAAUUUCAUAACAGGAUUUUCCUAAAAGAAUUGGAACAGUGUGCUGAAAACCCUGAAAUGCUAGCAUAUUGUUUUCUCAAAAGAAAAGAAGACCUCCAAAUGUAUUUUAAGUACCAUCAGAACCUUCCCCGAGCGCGGGCCAUCUGGCAGGAGUGUCAAGACUGCGCUUACUUUGGGGUUUGCCAGCGCCAGUUGGAUCACAGUGUCACGCUUUUUAGGUAUCUUAGAGAACCAAGUCAGAGACUGAUGAAGUAUCAGAUGUUGUUGAAGGCUCUGCUGGAUCUUGAGUCUCCUGAAGAUGUGGACACAGCCCCGGGUGACCUGGAAGGAGGCUCAGCUAAGGAUGGGCCAAGGAGGACCAAGGAUUCUACACCCUCAGCUAAGCUCCAACAAGCUUUGGCAAUGCUAGAAGAUUUGAUCAAGUCCUGUGAACUGGCAGUGGACCUUGCAGCUGUCUCUGGAUGUCCGGAUGAUAUAGGGAACCUGGGAAAGUUGUUGAUGCAGAGUCCUUUCAGUAUCUGGACAAUUCACAAGGAUCGUUAUAAAAUGAAGGAUUUUAUCAGGUUUAAACCCAGCCAGAGGCAAAUCUAUCUGUUUGAAAAUGGAAUAGCAUUUUGUAAGAUUCGAAUGGAUCCGGGUGACUUGGGAUUAUCUCCCCAUUACAGCUUUAAGAAGUUCAUGAAGCUGAUGACACUUUCCAUUCGCCAACUUGGAAGGGGGAGUAAUAAAAAGUUUGAAAUUGCUAAUCGAAAUGGACAUGAGAAAUACAUCCUCCAGGCAGCUUCCAAAGAAAUCAGAGAUUGCUGGUUUUCAGAAAUAAGUCGAUUACUGAUGGAACAACAAAACAAUAUGAAAAGUCAAGGGAAUCUUGAAGUAAGUACUAGCAAAGGCAAUGGAGGGGAAUGUGCUCCCUGGAGUGACAAUGUGGAAAGAGCUACAACUAGCAAGGAAGACCCAGGCUCCAACACACAUGGGAUUAAAGGCUGUUCCAGCAGGGAGCUCAUCUCCAUGGAAACUGGUGAAGGCCAUGAAAGAACAGAAGACAUGGAAAAGGAGAUCAGCGCUCUGAGUCUCUCAGGGCUUUUCCAGCUGGAUGACAGUUAUGAAACCUGUGAGUCAAAACCUGCUUUUCUGGAGGUGGGAGAAAGCAUGGAGAAAGAAAAGGAUGAAGGCUAUGAGGAGGAAAGGGCUACCAGCGGCACCCAGGAGAGCGCAGGGGUGUCCCCUGGCCUGUUGGCCCCUGCCCAGGACCUGGUACAGGCGGUGCCCUCGGCCGGAGCGAGGGUGGCACGUGCCAGGCCCUCCUCCACAGAAAACUGACUCCGCUCCUUCCAGACAGCCAGGCCCCGGCCCAGCUGCCCGUGCCCUCUGCAUUUCGGGGAGCAAGAGCAGCCGAUCUGCGCCCGGGAAGGGGCACCCAGAGCCCGGUGCUCGCCAUGUUCAUCCGUCUAGUGGAGAAGCUGAUCGCACACUCCCCAGGCCAGAGCCCAGAACCCAGAGCCCAGCGCCCAUGCCCAAGGGCUCAGGCGCCCCCUCACUGCUUCAACAACUCACUGGGGGCUUGGUUCUGGGCCAUGCAGGGCGAGGAGCAGCAGCCCGCGCCUCUCAACACCAGAUGCCAGGACUAUGCCACCGCCUCCCCAUCUGUAAAUGGUGACAAUCAAAAAUGCCUCAGACAUUACCAAAGUCCCGGGAGGUUGGAGGGAAGGAAGGCUGGGGUGGGAAUCCAUUGACACCCUUACUUGGUGUAGCUGGGGUGGGCGGCGCGUGGGGACCUGUCCCCUCCCCCUGCAUCCCCAAGGAGGAGCUAGAGUGGCUGUGUUCCUCCCAAGGUGCUUGAGUUUCCCACAGGGCUGAUUCCAAGUUCAUUUCUGAGGAUUUGCCAUUGGUUUAGUCAGUUAUGAGUUUACAUUAGUCACUUUAUG